AUGAAGAUCGUCCUAGUUCUUUACGAUGCCGGCCAACAUGCCAAAGACGAGCCACGUCUUUACGGAGCCACUGAGAACGAGCUCGGAAUCCGUAAGUGGCUUGAGGAGCAGGGACACACGCUGGUGACCACUUCCGACAAGGAGGGUGAAGACAGUGAGCUUGAGCGCCAGCUACCGGAUGCUGAUAUCAUCAUCACCACUCCAUUCCAUCCAGCGUAUAUUACGAAGGAGAGAAUCGAUAAGGCACCCAAGCUCAAGUUGCUUGUAGUUGCUGGUGUCGGUUCCGACCACAUUGAUUUGGACUACAUCAACCAAUCGGGCAAGGACAUCUCUGUUCUUGAGGUGACCGGCUCCAACGUGGUGUCCGUUGCCGAGCACGUUGUCAUGACCAUUCUGGUUUUGGUGCGUAACUUCGUUCCAGCUCACGAACAGAUCAUUGCUCACGACUGGGAAGUUGCCGCUAUUGCCAAGGAUGCUUACGACAUUGAAGGAAAGGUUGUUGCCACCAUUGGUGCUGGUAGAAUCGGCUACAGAGUGCUUGAGAGACUGGUGCCUUUCAACCCUAAAGAGCUCUUGUACUACGACUACCAGAGCCUACCAGCAGAAGCUGAGAAGGCUGUCAAUGCCAGGAGAGUUGAGAGCAUCGAGGAGUUGGUUGCCCAAGCUGAUAUCGUCACUAUCAACGCUCCAUUGCACUCCGGAACAAAGGGCCUCAUUAACAAGGCUUUGCUUUCCAAGUUCAAGAAGGGUGCCUGGUUGGUCAAUACCGCCAGAGGUGCCAUCUGUGUUGCUGAGGAUGUAGCAGAUGCCGUCAAGUCUGGCCAACUCAGAGGCUAUGGUGGUGACGUUUGGUUCCCACAGCCGGCUCCAAAGGACCAUCCAUGGAGAGACAUGAGAAACAAGUACGGGGCUGGUAAUGCCAUGACACCCCAUUACUCUGGAACAACACUAGAUGCCCAAGCCAGAUAUGCUAAGGGUACCCAAAGCAUCCUGGAGUCGUUCUUCACCAAGAAAUAUGACUACAGACCUCAAGACGUGAUCUUGCUGAACGGCAAGUACAAGACCAAGGCUUAUGGUGAAAACAAGAAGUAA